ACCCUGCUGCGGUCUGCGGCCUUCAUCCUCUUUUUGACUUCCGGCUGCGCCACACUCACAGCUCGAGGCAUAACGAGUCACUUUAUCCACGUUUUUUAAAUUUAUUUUGAAAUCUUCAAUUCUUUUCACGGGCACCAUGCUCGCGUUUGCGCCGUCCUUGGUUACGCUGGGCGUAGCUUUGGUCUCACUAGCAGCGUCGCAAAUGCCUCCCGGCUCGACGACGGAAUCAGAACAGCGAAUCAUCACCGUGGCUGGCACGGUGGCAGAAAAUGGCAUCAGCUCUGAAACUCCCGAAAACCGAAACAGCACCCUCAUGAGUAGCACCGUGAGCUAUACGACUGCCAAUGGUAGCGCCAUACCUUGGACGGAUCAGCAAGGUAACCACACUGAAGGCACAUCCAGUGAGACUACGCCUCCACCUAUGUCCACCUCUUACACACACGCCACCAAAAUAACGGAAAGUCAGAGGGACAAAAGUACCACCACAGCAAAGCCUUCCACCGCCAAAAGCUACGAGACCACCGGCAUCCUCAUCAUCAUUUUGAUCAUCGUGGUAGCCAUCGGCUUCGGGAUCGCUUGCUACAUCUCCAAGAGGCGAGGAAGGCGCUACGCUGUCGACUUCUCCUCGAGAGCGGAUGAAGCCAGUGUCCCUCUCAGCCCCGUGGAGCCCAUGCUUGCAAACGCGCCACACAACGGGUUGCAGACGUUUGAAAGUGGAGACAAGAGGUCAAAAGAAGAAGAAAAAGAAGAAGCGCCAAAACAGGGCGAAGACGAGCCAAAAGCUGAAGCUGAAGCAGAGUCUGCCUCUCCACCAGAGGACGACUCACAGAACAAAGCCAAAGAGGCCGAGCCGGUGAAAACCGACGAACCGGGCCAACAAAUCUCCGACGGGACUGCGGAAGAGAGUCCGCAGAACGAGAACAACAGCAACAAUUCUGACGUGAUGCAGAGGAAAGAUUUCAAAUCGUCCGCCGUCUUUUGGGAGAUUUCCCUCGACAGCCAGGUGUGAGAAAUGACGCCCCCGCUUGGUUGUAGUGUUGCUCUUCGUAAAACAUGGUGAAGAGACGAACAACGGUGAAGAGACGAACAACUGCAGAUCAAAACAAUUUAAUUGUGGUCAUCAUUCAUCUAAGGAAGAUAAGAAGUUAAAUAUCUGAAAAGGUUUUAUUAAUGUCUUCCUUGACCUCCAUCUUGUGCUUUAUGCUAUUCCAUUAAUGAGUCAUCAGUGAAACAGUGUAAUAAAUACUGGGAUAUGUGACAUUGUAACAUGCAAAAAGAGAUUGAAAAUCAUAAUUACUGUAGAGAUAAUGUCAUCUUUUUGUUUGUGGAAUAGUUUGGAGAUGGUUUGUUAUAUAUGGCAAUAAGGAGGCUUUAUAUAUACUUGUAAAUGCUCGAGUGUUUGGUAUAAUGCUGUAGUGUUUUGUCACUGCCCAAUUAAAAAAAAUA